AAAAACGUGCAUUUAUAGGUACUUAGUUAUAUGGUAAAACGUUUUCUUUUACGUUAAUCGUCGACUCGUGCUCAUGUGCUUAAGUACACGCGGUGAAAGUUUCGAUGAUGUUUUAAGUAGCCAAGUUUGCACUCUUAUCUUAGGUUCGCAAAAAAGACAGUAUAUGUGUUAGUGAUUAAGUAAUAUAUUUUUUUCUGCAAAGUGUACCGAUCUGUAACACGGAACAUUAGCGCACACGGUAUUUUAUUUUAUUGUUGCACCCGAGUAUGGCGAACAUUCAUCAUGAUCUCGUUCCAUGCUUAGCUAAAACAAAACACUUUCACCAUUCAGGCCGUGGGCGUACUUACAAAUUAACACACCAGCCAUCAUGAGUCUAUAAAAAUCUACCUAUCAGUCGUUACUCGUUGUCAUUGCUGUCUGAAAGAAGAAAAAGAGGCAGAUCUUUUGUUGUUGCUGCAACAACAACAGCAGCUUCUUGCCUGCAGUUUAUUAACAUGAGUAGCCAGUAUCUCUGAAGUGUUGGUAUCAAUUUUUCUCAAGAUGAUCAUCGAGGACAAGCCUUUUCCGUUCCUCGUGACUCACGUCGAAGCGGAUGGACUCUUUCUUAAAAUCUGGGCACAGACUGACGAGUCCAUAGUCCAAUCGGUGAACGCCAUCCUCAACGAAAUCCAGGAUCAGCUUGGGUAUGCCAUCAGCGGAGUGAACUCACUAAGCAGCUUUCCACCCAAUACGCGCUGCUGCGCCCGGCGUUCCAACAGCUCCGAAUACUACCACCGAGCAAAGGUCAUUGGUAUACGCUCGGAUGGCAUGCUCAAGCUGCACUUCAUCGACUAUGGUAUAGUCAACUUCGCGCCCCUGAACAGCGUCCGGCUGCUCGACGGCAUCUCAGAGGCCAACUACCUGUUCUCGCUACCCGAUGCCGCUAGCCCUUUCAUUCUAGGUGAAGUCGGACCUAUUAAUAAUCAUUGGCAUGAAGACGUAGUUUCGGCAAUCAAUUCAAUUCUGGUUAGCAACCAAUAUGUUGGCACGUACCGAACUGUGGGCCUAUAUAGAGUCAUCAGGUUUAACGCCUUUGGCGACGACUUCAGUAAAGUCUUGGUCAGAAAAAACAUGGCUCUUUACAACCCAUUUACCCCGCAAUCUGUACAGUCACCGAUUCCUGCACAAUCAGUGCGACAAAGUCACCCUGUCAAAGAGAACUGGAGAACGCCUGCUCCUCAGAUUAGUGCUGCCUCUACUGUUAGUCCCACUGCUAUGCCAAUUCAAAAAAUAAUCAAGACUAACGCCUUUAAGGCUAUUCAAUUAGAAAUCAACUCUGUGCACGACGUUAAAGUUUCAUACGUCGAAAAUGGUCCAUGCAAAUUUUCAGUCCAGCUUCUGUCAUCCAUACGUUAUCUUGAUGCCAUGAUGACAAAGAUCAACUCUCAACAUCAUCUUCCUCUGCAAGAGCCACCUAUUGCUGGAGCAGUUUGUUUGGGAAAACAAUCGCAAACGAAUAGGCUUUGUAGAGUUGUAUUGAAUUCUCCUGGGGACACUUCGUGCAAGGUUUAUUUUGCUGAUUACGGACAUCAUGAAGUUUUGCCAUAUUCCAAUAUUUAUCACAUACCAGAUGAAUUCGCAGUGCCCAAUGUUUUUUCCAUAAGAUUUACCUUAAGUGGAAUUACGAAUUGGACUGUUUCUGAAGAAAUGAAAGAUUACUUUGCUGGUCUAGUCAGCGACGAAAACUUGACGCUUGUAGUCUGCAAAGGUCCGAUGUCGCCAUUAACUCAGUAUUGUGAUUUAUUUUUAAAAGGAAAGUGCAUCAGGGAUAUAUUGUGUCAAAAUUUUCCGGAUCAAUGCAGAACGACAUAUCGUGAUCCAAAAAAUUUACAGAAAGGAUCAACUGAAAAUGUUUUUGUAACAUAUGUAAUUGAUCCUACCAAGUUCUUUGUUCAACUUGAAAGUGAUGCUAAGUUGUUGGAUGAAGUCUUGGAUCAAAUUGAACGGUAUGCUCGAACGGCUGAAAACAUAAGUCCUUCCCAAAUCUACAAUGGCAUGCCUUGUAUUGCUCUUUACGAUGGUGAUCAUAGAUGGUACAGAGCCUCUGUUUUGGAACUUGUCCAAAACAACCGAAUCAAAGUUUUUUAUGUCGAUUUUGGUAAUGAAGAAAUCGUUUCAAUAAGUAGUUUGCGAGCAAUAUCGAAACACUUGAUUGACAUACUUUCAAAGCAAGCCAUCAGAUGUUGCUUAUGUGGUAUUCAUACUCAGUUAGUUAAUCAAGAACUAGUGAAAAAUUUUAAAGCUGUAGUACUUGAAGAGCAUUUAAGUAUGACGAUUCAGGAUAUUGUUUCUGGUGUUGUCUUAGUGCAUUUACAUGAUAGAAUAAAUGCACCAGGUACUACUGGAAAAAAUAUUCACAAACGAUUAGAAGAAUUUAAAGCAAUUGCUAUGCAAAGCCAAACGUGUACUAUCUCACAAUCCAGAACAGAAAAUGACAAUCGGAGUAAAAACAUCGAAAAUUAUGAAAGUGCUACGAGUGCAACCCAUAAGGAAAACGGAAAUGAAGAACUAUAUAGAAACAGAAGCGAUAGCGGUUACGGAAACGAUCUUCAGAAAAAUCGAUUUGAUAAAGAAGUCAACAACAAAUCAGAACGGUUUGGUCAAGUUAGCAAUAGAUAUGGCAGAAGUGGCGAUAUUCAGGACGUCCCGAAUCAUAGGCCAAAAGAUUAUGGAGCCAAUGAUCAAUCAAACAGAGGUCUUGCCAGUAAUAACUUUAACUCCGGAAGGCCUGCCAAAGAAAAUCAGAGCAAUAAGCCGAAUCUAUCAGCUCGCUUUGACAGGAACAUUACUUCUGAUAAAAAUGAAAGCGACAAAGACUCUGAUACCUCAUCGCGUAGCGGCAGUCGAAGAAAUAGCAGACCUCAAAACCGAAAUGUUCCAGAUGAACAACGAAAACGUUUCACGUCUGGGAGAUGGGAAAAUGAAGAAGAUACAACCAGUAACAUAAAUCACAGCAAUGAUGAGAAUACGAGCAUCACUGACAUUAAGUUAAUGAACGACUCAUCGAAAAUGCCUACAGCAGUUAUACCACGACAAUUAACGUCCACACCAUUUUCUAAAAUUCCACCCCCAAAUAUCACGGUUGGAGCAGUCAAAAGUUGUGAAUUGGUUCAUUACUGUGAUCCAUCAAAUUUUUAUGUGCAGUUGUGCCCGGAUAAUGAAGAUUUACAUGAAAUGUCUGAUAAAAUUCAAGCUGCUUAUAGAAACAGUGACAAGGCAUUACCGUCGUCUGAAAUUAAAGUGGACUUACAAUGCAUUGCUCAAUACUCAAAAGAUAAGCUCUGGUAUCGUGCUAUUGUUAGAUCUGUUGAUUCUAGAUCUGUUGCUACUGUUCAUUUUGUAGACUAUGGAAAUGCUGAAGCAGUUGGCUUUGAUAAAAUUAGACAAAUCGAAGCAGAAUUUUUAAAAUUACCUGCUCAAGCUGUACAUUGUAGACUAUUUUGCCCUUCUAAAUCUGAGUGGUCAAGUGAAGAAAGUUAUACUUUAGAAUGUGAACUGGAUGAUAAGCCAUUUGAAGCUGAGUUUGUCAAAGAAGAUAAUGGAAUAUAUGAAAUUUACAUAAAAGAACUCAAGUCCAUCCAACAUUUAAAUGACUUGUUUUCUAAAAGUUUGAAUACAAAAGAUGAAACAGAACCCACACGUGGAAAGGGAAGAGAUGCAGGAGCUGAUCUAAAAUUAGUUAUUCCUAAAUAUGCUGCUUUGAACGAAAAAUGGUUAAAUAAUAAGCUUGACGUGGGAAAAAAGUAUGACGUGUUUCUCGCAUGGUACAUCAAUCCAGAAAAUUUUUAUUGUCAUCUUGAAAGUCAACAAAAAGAAUUUCGUAACAUGAUGAAAAACAUCCAAGACUUUUACGCCCAUGCGCAACCCGUGCAACAACCUCUCGAAGUUGGUUCUUCUAUAAUAGCAAUCCUUCCGGAUGACGGAGUGUUGUACAGGGCUGAAAUUUUAGAAAUUAAUAAACCAAGAGGCCACGUCGUUCAAUACAUUGAUUACGGAGAUAAGGGACUGGUGGAUCCUAAAAAAAUAUAUCCAGUUGAUCAAAGGUUUCGAACUCUACCAAGACAAGCCAUUUUUUGUAGUCUAAAAAAUAUCGCACCUCCAUCAGGCUUUGAAUGGACAGAUCGUGCAGAAAUUCGUCAAAUCUUUAGCUCUGAAAAAUUUGAAUGUAUCUUUCACGAGCUUAAAAAUGAGAAACAUUUUAUUUCACUGACAGCCAAUAAUGUCGAUGUUGCUGGUGCCUUAGUUGAGAAAAACUUGGCCAAAUUUUCACCUACAAUUUCAAAUGAAAUAAUUAGUGACGUUGUAAAAGAUAAUGUUAAAAAACAAGAAUUACCAAGAAUCGAUAUACAUCUGCUCGAAGGACAAACAUUGUUUGUGAGGGUAUCAAAUGUUGAAGGUGUCUCCAAAUUUUAUGUUCAGUUUUAUACAGCAGAAACUUGCCAAUCAUUUGUGAAUGACUUUAUGACUGAAAACGAUCCUAAGGUGAUGCCACACUUGUUAAGUCAUGAGGUAUGUAUUGGUGCGGGCUGUUUGAUUUUUUAUAAAGGAAAAUGGAGACGAAGUGUAGUCAUAAAAUGUAAUAAAUCAAACUAUGAAGUACGAUUCAUCGAUACUGGAGAACACGAAAAAUGUGCAUUACAUAGUAUGUUGGGAUUACCAGGGCAACUUGCAUUGAUGCAGAAUCAAGCAAUAGAGUGUCGUCUUUUUGAUGUGCCACUGUCGUCAAAAGCAGACGAUUUGUUAAAAAAGACUGUUACUGGUAAAGACGUCAAAAUAUUCGUUGAAAAAGUCGAAUUCAAUGGGCUUGUAGUUCGAUUAUUCGACUUGAAUGGUGACAAGAUCAAAGUGCACGACAGUCAAAAUACUGAAAAAAUAAACCCAGUCUGUAGUAUGCAGAUUUUGACCUCCACACAGGAGGUCUCGGUAAAUUAUAUUAAAAACUCGAGUAGCGUAUGGCUUCAGAGAGAGGCAGAUAUUGCUGCAGAUCAGCGACUCCUCGACGACAUGUACGAGUACUAUUCAAAAAUGGAAAACGAACAGUCAACAGAAAUCGCUGUAAAAGAGAAUGAAAUGUAUGCCGCUUUGAGUAUUGACCUAAAUUGGUAUCGAGUUAAAGUGAACAGUUUAAAAGAAAUCGAGAAGAUGGCCUCGGUUACCUUAAUCGAUUACGGAAACACCGAAGAUUUGGCCCUGAGUAACUUCCGUAAGCUGGAUAAACGGUUUUAUCUGCCGCACCAAUUGGCAGUCGAAGUGUCGUUGACCGUAAAAAUUCAAGGCACUGACGAGGAGCAACGGAAAAUUCUCGAUCCAUUUUUCGGAACGAAUAAAGUAUUUUUGGCCACAUUUUACAACGUCAACCGAAAAUGGGUGGUCGAGCUAAGUGAGGAUGGCAAAAAAGUAAGCGAACAGCUGGUAUCGCUGAAAGUUGUCGAGCAUGGUCCCAAGGUGCCGCAGUUCGAAGAAUUGCACAAGCAUUUGCCUGAUAUGCGAGUAGGUGAGCGAUACAAAGUAUUUGUCACGCACGUGGACAACCCUAGUCAGUUAUGGCUCCAUAGAGAUGAGGACAUCGAUUCCCUUGACGAAAUGCAGAGACAGCUUCAGGAAUAUGCAGCUGUAAUAGUAGAUAAAUCCGAUGGUUCUACGGUCCCUCAUCUAGAAGAAAAAUCGCUCUGUCUAGCCUUAUACACCUUCGACAAUCAGUGGUAUAGAGCAGAAGUGAUUGACGUAGCUCCAGAAGAAAUAGUAACUGUUCGUUUUAUCGAUUACGGUAACACAGACGUCAUUAACCACAGUGGAAAAUGCUUACUACCACUGUCCGAGAAGUGGAAAUCUAUAAGAAGAUACGCGAUUCCAUGCAAACUCGAUUUGUUACCAGUGAACGCUGCUGAUUGCUGGAGCGAGGAGGCGUGCAAGAAAACAUCAGGGCUUCUACUAGACGACAAACUGAUGGACAAGCCAAUUGAAACUCUAAUUAUCUCCGACAAAGCUCCGAUGCGCAUUGACAUAUUCUUGCCCGAUGAGCAGAGUAUCUGCAAAACGCUGAUCGACGCGAAACUUGCUGUCAGUUGUGAAAGUGAAUCACUGCCAAAAGUAUCGACUGGCGGACCCGUUGCACAAGAUGGGGAUGAGGAAGACGAAGAGGUACAGCUGGAUCCACGUUCAGCAUUUACCAGCAGCAUUGUUUCGGUCGACGAAUUUUGGAUGCAAGAAGAAAAGUUGGUCAAUGAUCUGGAAAGAAUGGAGGAUAGACUCAUGAUGGCGACAAUGUUCCCCUCGCUCACUGAGAUCAAAGAGGGUCUCUUGUGUGUCGCUAAGUUUUCCGUUGAUGGUUUGUAUUACCGAGCGACCAUUCUGUCGCAUGAAGAUGCAGGAACGAGAGUCCGCUACAUCGACUACGGUAAUACCGCAUUUAGCGAUGACCUCCGAAUUAUUCCAGAUGAUUUGGCCAAGUUUUGCCCACUCGCACGCAAAUGCCGGUUAGCUAAACCGGACGGAGUUGAAAAUUGGCCGAAUAAUAUAGACAAGAAAUUUAUCCAACUAUCGGACGAGGGUGCUACUAUUUUUUUGCUAGAUGUCAUAGAAGAGGGUGAAACUUGCCUUGUCAAAUUGACUCUCGAUUCAAAGGACGUUGCUUUGGAGUUGAUCAAACUGUGUGCUGAAGCUCAUCAAGUGGAAGAUGAGGUCGUUGCCGUUAAAGAAGAUGUCACGGUUACUGCUACAUCAGUACCCGCGAACGAGACGACGGAAGAACGGCUUUCUCCCAUUGGUCAAGAGAACUCUGUUGCUAACGAUAUAUGCAUUAUCACUCAUAUAAUCUCACCAUCUGAGUUCUGGAUUCAAAAGACUAAACACUUUCCCCAGAUAGAUGGCAUUGCUGAAAAAAUGGAGAAUUUUGAAAGCUUUGCCGUUGUGUCGAAAAUUGAAAAAGGAAAAAUUCUUGCAGCUAAAUUCGAUGUAGAUAACUUGUGGUACAGAUCCAAAGUACUGAUGCAAAAUGAAAAUGGCACCGAAGUUUUGUACAUAGAUUAUGGUAAUUCAGCAGUUAUCGAAUCACGAUCGGAUUUACGUGAAUUACCAGAAGAGCUUGCUCAAUUGCCUGCGCUGGCCACUUGUUGUUGUUUGAAAUUAACCGCAGAUUUUGAAGAGUGGCCUAUGGCAGCUUGUAAUAAAUUGAAAGAAUUCAGCCUAGAGGAAACGGAAUUACAGCUCAAAUUUUUGUCUUCAGUUAACCAACCUGGACCAAUCGAAGUAUCUUUAUUGAUUGAAAACCAAGAUAUCACUGAAAUUUUACUAAGUGCGGAAAUUUUAAAUACAGAACUGAUUCAUGGUGCUGUUGAUAAAAGUUCAAAAUAUUCAGAUGAAAAAAAUCUCUCGAACGAUAGUGCUAUCACUUCUGAAGGACAAACUGCAAAAACAAUUAACAAUUUUAGUAGCACAAUCAGUAGUACCACUACUGAUAGUUCAAGUUGUACAACUUCUGCAGUUGCUGUUAGUCAACAUUUAAAAGACUCUGUAAACUCGAAUUUGACACGUGAUAGUGCAGUUGACUCUGAUAAUUUGCACGUAACACCAGAAAUUUAUGGAGAUCUGAUUAAUUCAAAUAGUGAAUAUGUUUUAUAAAAUAUUAGCUAAACAUAAAAUUGUAAUUUACCUCGUAUCAUAUUCUGAUGAAAAUGCUGCAAAGUUCAAAUUUCAUACCGCGCUGAAAACUGUGAUGAUGUAUUGGUAUCAGACAGUGCUUCUUUUCUAGUGCUAUAGCAGUAAAUAAUUGUGAAGUUAUCAACGCCAAAAAUUGCGUAAUAAGUAAAAGGGAGCAUUUCAAUAUCUCUUGAUGCAAGUUUCUUUUUAUUAUUUCAGCAUGCAUUUUUAUUUUUACUAUUAUCUAUUGGUUACAUUGAUUUUUCUUAUUAACU